UGAUAAUAUCAUCAAUCACACCAAUGGGAAAAAAUAUAUGAGAGUGACAAAGAUCCAACCCAACGUCAGGGACUAAGUAGAUCUAAAUCUAAAUAUACCGCACGCGCAAGGUGUUUCGACUUCUGCCAGAUAGUGGACACUGUGCACAUGUAGAUCUGUCAUGAAUUUCAGAAUAUGGGAAAUUCGUCGACUGAGUGCGUGGCGACUUUUUCUGUGUGUUGUAAUACUCACACGUGGAAACACUGCUACAAGUCUGGCGUCGGAUGUGGAGGAGCUCUUACACAGCUACAACACAACCGCCGUAGAAAUAGCCAAUCAUAUCGCCGAGGCUGAAUGGUCAGCCAGCACUAAUCUGAGCUCUCAGGAUUACAAAGAUUUGCUCGAGAUCUACGUUGCUGAAGCCAACUUUAGAAGGAAGAUGUCCAAAGAGGCAACAAAGUUUGAUGACAGAGUUGACACAACGGAGAAAGAGAAAAGGGAACUGUUACUGAUUGCAAAAUUAGGGGAAGAAGGUCUUACUGAUCCAGAGCUAUUUCAGAAAUUGAAGCUAUUGGAAACGGAAUGGAAAGCGACAUAUACCAAUGCCGUAGAAUGUCACACACAUGGAGAAUGUCCAAACUUAGGAAACAACAGCGCCUCCUUGUCUGAAAGUCGCAAACUUCUGAACCAGUGGGCAGCCUGGCGAGAUGACGUGUCACCCAAGAUACAAGCAAAGUUUCAUGAUUACGUUCAAUUGAUGAAUACGGCUUACCAAUCAGCAGGUUAUACAGAUGCAGGUCAAGGCUGGCGGAGUAAUUUUGAAACGGACACUCUCAAAGAAGAGAUACACAGUAUCUACACCCAAGUCCUUCCGCUUUACGAACAACUUCAUGGCUUUGUCGGUUCUAGACUCAAAACAUUUUAUGGGUCAGAAAACUUUCCCAGGACCGGACACAUUCCAGCGCAUCUCUUAGGCAAACCUUGGGAGCAAGACUGGAGAAGUAUUUAUGACAAGUUAAUUAAAUCUACUUCCAACAAAAUGUCUCAAAUAACAGCAAAUAUGAUCAAAAGGAAUUUUACAUAUGAAACAAUGUUUCGCUUGGCGGAAGAGUUUUAUUCCUCAAUGGGUCUAGACAACAUGACCAGUGCCUUCUGGACCAAGUCCUUGUUGACAAAGCCUAACAAUGAUAAUAUCAGCUGCGAGGCAACAGCCUGGGAUUUCUACACAGGUAGUGACUACAGAAUAAAAAUGUGCACUGAAGUGACACUCAAUGAUUUACUCAAGGCGUAUCAGUUGAUGGGCACAGUCGAGCACUUUAUGUAUUACCAGCAUCUCGAGUUUCCUGUCAGACGGGGCGCCUAUCCAGCUUUUGAAGAAGUGUUGGGUGGUUUGAUUUCUCUAUCCGCCAGAUCUUCUGACUAUCUAAGAAAUAUUAGUCUGCUUGACAGUAGGGAGAGCGAAGAUACAGAAAUACAGUUUCUGUUAAACACAGCAUUAGAAUUCCUCGCAUCCAUUCCACAUGACUAUUUGGUAGAUUUGUGGAGAUGGUCAGUUUUUGAUGGAUACAUCAGCUCCAGUAAUUAUAACAAUGAUUGGUGGCAACUUCGAUGUCGUUUACAGGGUAUCUCUUCACCAGUUUCAGAAACGUAUAUAUCUUCAAGGUUUGACCCUGCUACAGACUAUAAUGUAGCUGGAAAUAAACCUGGCUCUGGCCACUUGAUAAAUGCUGUCAUCAUAUUCCAACUGCAUAAAUCCUUAUGUGAGUCUUCAGGUCACAAAGGACCUUUACAUAGAUGUAAUCUAUAUGGGAGAAAAGACGCUGGGACAAAGCUGAAGUCCAUGAUGCAGCUUGGUAGUUUGAAACCUUGGCAAGCACUGCUGCUUAAUACAACAGGAGACAGUAGAUUAUCUCCCUCUGCCCUCUUAGAGUACUUUCAGCCCUUGAUUGACUUUCUUCAGACAGAAAUAGGAAAUGACUUUGGUUGGGAUUCUAUGUGUCCUCAACAAGAUGACUUAUCAGAAUCUUCUGAGUAUGCUACAGAAGUGGAGUCAGUAAAACAGUUUUUAGAUAGCUAUGAAAUGGAUUCUCUUAAAAUUUUGCAAGAGGUAACAGUAGCCGACUGGAAUGAAGAAACAAACAUAACUGAUUACAACAAAGAAAUAUUGGUGAACAUAGGUCUGAUGGAAGCUAAGUUUUCUCAAGUUAAAGCUGAUGAAGCAGAGAGAUUCAACACUUCACAUCUCCCUAAAUCCUUGGCCCGACAGUUGAAGGAUAUCAAAGACCUGGGAGAGUUGGCACAACGCAAUGAGACUAAAUAUAAGAAACUUCAGAAUAUUAAAGCUGACAUGGAAUCAAUCUAUGGUACAGCUAAAGUGUGUUUGACUGACAGUGAAUGCCUGGAGCUGACUCCAGGUCUGGAUAAUUUAAUGGCUACAUCUAAAGACUAUGACAGGCUGUUGGCUGCCUGGGUGGGUUGGCAAGAUGCAAGUGGACGCAAAAUGAAGUACCUUUACCCUGAGUAUGUUCAACUAUUAAAUGAAGCUUACAGAUUAGCUGGCUACUCAGAUGCUGGUGAAGGAUGGCGCUCUGAUUAUGAAAGUCCAUCAUUUGAAGAGGAUGUUGCUGAACUUCUAUCCCAACUUCAGCCUCUGUAUGAACAGCUGCAUGGCUAUGUUCGGAGACACCUGAUGCUUCAGUUUGGCCAGGACAAGUUUCCUUCAAGUGGACACAUACCUGCCCACCUUUUAGGUAACAUGUGGGCACAGAACUGGGAAGCUUUGAGAGAUCGACUGCUGCCAUUCCCAGAUAAGAUUGCUCCAGACAUAACAUCAGAGUUGAUUAAUAAUAACUACACAACCCUGGGAAUGUUUAGAACUGCUGAAGACUUCUUUGUAUCUCUGGGUUUGAAGCCUAUGACAAAGUACUUCUGGAACAAAUCUGAGCUGGUCAGACCUGCAGAUGGGCGUGGUUUUGUCUGCCAUGGUUCAGCCUUUGAUAUGAAAUCCAGAAAUGAUUUUAGGAUCAAAAUGUGUUCUGUUGUCAACAAAGAUAGCUUUAUCACAGCUCACCAUGAAAUGGGUCACAUUCAGUACUAUAUGCAGUAUGAGUACCAGCCAGUGUCAUUUCGAAAUGGAGCUAAUGGGGCCUUUCAUGAAGCUAUAGGGGAUGUGAUGGCUCUGUCUGUUCAAACUCCAAAACAUCUGCACAAAAUUGGUCUGUUAAGAAACAACUCUCAGGACUAUGAAUCAGACAUCAACAGUUUGAUGGAAGUAGCUCUACGCAAAGUGGCUUUUUUUCCCUUUGGCUAUCUGGUUGAUAAUUGGCGAUGGUCAGUCUUCCGAGGAGACACAAAACCAAAUGAUUACAACAAGCACUGGUGGGAUUUAAGAUGUCGACAUCAAGGACUCUCACCACCAGUUCCAAGACUUGACUCAGACUUUGACCCAGGAGCCAAAUAUCAUGUAGCAGCAAGUGAAGAUUACAUUCGGUAUUUCAUCAGCAACAUCUUGCAGUUUCAGAUCUACAAAGGAGCAUGUGAAGCAGCAGGGCAUAUUGGACCACUCCAUACAUGUGACAUCUAUGGAAACAAGGCCGCUGGGGAUAGACUUAGAAAAAUGCUGCACCUUGGCUCCUCUCGACCCUGGCCAGAGGCUUUAAAGAUAAUGACAGGACAAGAGAAAAUCGACACUGGUCCUUUGAUGGAAUAUUUUCAUCCCCUCUAUCAGUAUUUGAAGAAACAGAAUGGCAAAGACUAUGGCUGGGACCCUAAGUGUCCACAGUUUGAUGAAGAUGAAGAUUUGGACAAAGGAAAAGACUUUAACCAGUCUGAGGUGGAAGUGGCCCAAGAGUUUCUCAAUGCCUUUAACUCUCAGUCUGUGUCAUACAAGCAUUUGAGUGCUGUGGCUUCUUGGAAUCUGAAAACGAAUUUAACAACCUAUAACCAACAAGUUUAUACAAAUAUCAGCUUGAGGAAUAAACAGUUUUAUAGACAGAAAGCAUUAGAGGCCCAAAAAUUCAACACAUCAAAUCUACCCUAUGAUCUAAAUAAGCAGAUCACUGAUAUUUCAACAUCUGGAUCAGAAGUUCAAAUGAAUAAGACCGGACAGACUAAAAUGCUGACUUUGAAAUCAGACCUUGAAAAAUUGUAUAGUACUGCUACAGUGUGCUUGAAUCAUGGGAAAUGUCUUCCUCUGGACCCUGAUAUUACUCACAUUAUGGCCCAAUCAAGAAACUAUCAAGAAUUGCUGGAUGUGUGGAGUGGGUGGCGUGAAGCUACUGGGGUUCAAAUGAAGGAAAUGUAUGCAAAGUAUGUUGACUUUAAUAAUGAAGCUUUGAGAUUAAAAGGCAUCGAGAAUGCUAAAGAAGACUGGCUUAGUGUGUAUGAGUCUGAGACUUUUGAGGAGGAUGUAGCCACACUUUUUGCCGAGCUUCUACCUCUGUAUGAACAGCUUCAUGCAUAUGUCCGUCGGCAUCUCAAAGCCAAAUAUGGUCAGGACAAGUUCCCAUCUUCAGGACAAAUACCAGCACACAUUCUUGGCAAUAUGUGGGGACAAAACUGGGAGAACAUUUUGUCAGAGGUCAUUCCAUUCCCAAAAAAGGAGUCUGCAAACAUCACUGCUGCUAUGUUAAAACAGAAUUACACAGUGGAAAAGAUGCUCAAACUAUCAGAGAGUUUUUAUGCAUCCCUUGGGUUCCAAAAUAUGACUGACCUAUUUUGGAACAAAUCAGAGUUUGUGAAACCAAAAGAUGGUAGAAAUUUUACCUGUCAUGCGUCUGCCCACAACAUGCAUGCCCCAGAAGACUUCAGAAUAAAGAUGUGUGCUGAGGUAACAAAAGAUUUCCUGUACACAAUACACCAUGAGAUGGGACAUGUGCAGUACUAUAUGGAGUAUGAUCAUCAACCAAUUAUCUAUAAAGCAGGAGCCAAUGAUGGGUUUCAUGAAGCCAUUGGUGACCUCAUGUCUCUGUCAGUUCAAACUCCUGAACACCUGCAGAAAAUUAAAAUCUUGGAUCAUAUAUCAAAUGACACUGAGUCAGAUAUCAACUUCCUAAUGGCCAUGGCACUAAACAGGGUUGCUUUUUUGCCUUUUGGUUAUUUGGUUGACAAGUGGAGGUGGUCAGUGUUUACAGGGGACACAACACCAGCCCAGUACAACAAACAUUGGUGGGAUCUCAGAUGUAGAUACCAAGGUCUUUCUCCUCCUAUCAAACGACAAUUGAGACACUUUGACCCAGGAGCCAAAUAUCAUGUAGCCUCUAAUACACCCUAUAUGAGGUACUUUGUCAGUUUCAUCAUCCAGUUUCAGUUUCACAAGGCUGCCUGUGAUAUCUCUGGUUAUGAAGGGCCUUUACAUAGGUGUGAUAUCUAUGGGAGUAAACCUGCAGGAGACAAGAUCAGAAAAAUGCUGUCUAUGGGAGCUUCACGACCAUGGCCCCUGGCAAUGAAAGUUCUGACUGGGCAGAAGAAGAUGGAUGCAACCCCACUGCUGAACUACUUUCAGCCCCUGAUGGAUUAUCUUCAGAAAGAGAAUGGCAAUGAUUAUGGCUGGGAUCCUCACUGCUCGGGGGCUCAAUAUGAGUAGAAAUUAAAAACUAUUACUGGGGGACUGCAGGCACGACAUGGCCUAAAUUGUGCCGAUGUGCCUCAAAUCAACAAAAUCAAAUCAAAUCAAAUUAAAAACUAUUACAAAACUUUCCACCACAAGUGUUGCACUUUAAAAAAAUGUCUUUCAGCAGAUUGACACUGAAUUAGAAAAAUAAAUGAAUAGCCCUGUGAUGAUAACUUCUAAGGUUGUUUCUUUGUUAGCUAUCUGAACCCUAUAAAAGUAAUUUUUGAAAUUAUGUAAUGUCUAUAUAGAUUUAUCUAUAUUGCUAGGUAUUGUUAAGUGAAGGUAUAGAUAAGAUUUACUUUUAAUGAUGGAGGUUACUUUCAGAUUAGUUUUAGGUUUUGUUUAUUAAGGUUUGGUUUGUACAGGCCUACUGAAGUGUUUUUGUUCAUAGUCUUAAAGAUUGACAUUCAAUGUCAUAAAUGUUUUAUUUAAUUUUUUGUUUUGUGUUACCCACGUCCACACUCUCUUGGGUGUAAAGUUGUAUCUUACUUUGAUUGCUUACGUGAACAAGAAAAUAAACAUUAUUUGAUUGUAAAACAUU